UAGAUAGUAAACUGUGUAACAAGCUACGGGAUUCCCCGCAUAGUAUAGUGCGUGUUGUGUUAUUUAUUUUCAUUCACAUGGUUCAACAAUUAUUUCAAUUAACACUACGUAGAAGAGAAUAAUAGGCCUUUUUGUGAAUUUUCCAAGAUGGCGCUGAGUGCAUCCUCGUCUGCUAUCGUUGUGACGGCAGUUAUUGCCGCGCUUGCUAUGGGAGCUGGAUUAAUUAUUGGAUAUUUAUUGCGACCAGCCAUCACAAACAAUUCAACAUCAGAACUCUUUGUAGACACAAAUAAUCAGACUUUUGCUCAUGUUCUAGAGAAUUGUGGUGAUGCAGCUCGAGACUUACCGGAAGUUAAAAAAUAUUUAGCAGCUCAUGACGUGGAGGCAUGUCGUGCUUACACCUGUGAUAUUCCUAUACCUAACACCUACCAGGUGUAUCAUCUAGCCGGUGAUGAAAAAAUUACAAUCGAUGGAAAGUUAAAUGAAAAAGCUUGGAAAGAUGUCGAUUGGAGUGAUUUAUUUAUUGAUAUAAAAGGUCCCAAUUUCCCCGCCCCCAAGUUUGAGACGAGGAUAAAACUGCGAUGGGAUCAUACCCAUCUAUAUUUUGCUGCCUAUAUGGAAGAGACAGAUGUUUGGGCCAACAGAAGUUUACACGAUACAACAGUUUAUCAAGAUAAUGCUAUACAGAUUUUACUUGAUACAAGACAGAGUAAUCAUAAAUAUAAAGAAAUUACCAUCAAUGCACUUGGUACAAUUUCUGAUAUGAUGCUGACCAGACCUUACAUGAAUGAUGGUGAACCGUUAAGUUUUUGGGAAAGUGACGUCAGCAGAGCUGUUUAUGUUGAUGGACCAAUCAACGACCCCAGUUCCGAGAAUAAAUUUUGGACAGUAGAAAUGUCCGUACCAUUUAAAACUUUAUUUGCUGGUAUAUAUAGAGAAAAUGAUUUCCCGUCAGACGGAGAAACAUGGCGAGCUAAUUUCGUAAGACCAGAAUGGGAAACGGAAGUAGUAUCAGGGAAGUACCACAAGAGGUUAGAUGUGGUGUUUAUAUUAUUUUAG